AUAAGUGCAGCUUGCUGCUGGUUCAACACACUUCUGACCCUGACAGACUCAGGAAGGAAUCACCAUGGUGCUCUCUGCGAAGGACAAGACCAACAUCUCCGAGGCCUGGGGCAAGAUUGGUGGCCACGCCGGUGAAUAUGGCGCGGAGGCCCUAGAGAGGAUGUUCUUUGUCUACCCCACCACCAAGACCUACUUCCCUCACUUUGAUGUGAGCCACGGCUCUGCCCAGGUCAAGGGCCACGGCAAGAAGGUCGCAGACGCCCUGACCAAUGCCGUUGGCCACCUCGAUGACCUGCCCGGUGCCCUGUCCGCUCUGAGCGACCUGCACGCCCACAAGCUGCGUGUGGACCCUGUCAACUUCAAGCUCCUGAGCCACUGCCUGCUGGUGACCCUGGCCAACCACCACCCCGCCGACUUCACCCCCGCUGUGCACGCCUCUCUGGACAAAUUCUUUGCGUCCGUGAGCACCGUGCUGACCUCCAAGUACCGUUAAACUGGCGCCCCGGGGCUGCGUCCUGCGGGCUUGCCUUCUGGCCAGGCCCUCCUCCCUCCCUCGCACCUGUACCUCUUGGUCUUUGAAUAAAGCCUAAGUAGGAAGAA